AUGACCCAUUGUCUAGUUGCUGAAAUAUUGUCUCGCUUAUGCCAAAGAAUUUCGAAUUAUAAUGAAUAUGAGCUCCGAGAGGCUUCGGCAUAUGAUGCCAUGUUGCAGGCAGCAAAGCUUGGAGUUAUUGAGUUCAUAAAUGCAAUGGUAAAGGCUAAACCUCACCUCUUAUGGGGUGCCACUGAUAAAAAUAAAAGGGGUGUAUUUUCACAUGCAAUUCUGAAUCGUAGAAAAGAGGUCUUAGAACUCAUAGAGGAUCUACAGGGACCAAAGGAUAUGAUUAAAUGUAGUGAAGACGAAUUUGGGAAUACCCUUUUGCACCUGGCAGGAUAUACAGGGCCUUCUUCUGAUUUUCAUAGCAAAUCCGGUUCGUUUGUGCAAAUGCAAAGAGAGAUUCAAUGGUUCAAGAAGGUGAAGAGAAUUGUACAUCCCAAGUGUAUGGAAACCAAAAAUAAAGAUGAUAAGAAGCCUCGAGAGAUAUUUACUGAAAAUCACAAUGAGAUGGUGAAAGAGGGUGAAAGAUGGGCAAAAGACACAGCAAGUUCUUUUACUCUCGUGGGUACUCUCAUCACUACCAUCAUGUUUGCAGCAGCUUUCACUGUUCCAGGUGGGAACGAUCAAAACACUGGAAUUCCCAUGUUUGUGGGUGAGUCGAUAUUUACUUUGUUUAUCAUAGCAGAUGCAAUAUCCCUAUUCACUUCUGCCACUUCAGUCCUUAUUUUCAUUGGGAUUCUCACUUCACGUUAUGCUGAGAAAGAUUUCUACAAGACCUUGCCAUUGAAGUUACUUUGUGCUCUUGUCUUCCUUUUCUUCUCUGUGGUGUUCAUGAUGAUUACCUUUUGUGCUGCACUUGGUAUGAUGCUAAAGGGUUAUCGACGAGUCAUAAUAGCAGCCAUGUCACUUGCGAGUAUUCCAGUUAUUGUUCUUGUACCAGCACAGCUACGCCUUAUCUUUGAGAUUUCCAAAUCUACAAUAAGAUCAGGUUAA